UGUCAACGAGUUCACUCUUCUGAGAUAACUUUCACCCUUUUCAGAGAACAACAAAAUAUAUUUUUUUUUGAAGUUCUAUCUAGAUUGGUAUUAAUGGCUGAGGAGCAACAAGGACAAGGAACUAAUCCUCCUCAGGAGCAGCCUAAUGAACCCUUGCCAAGGACUUACAAUCAACUUCUAGGGACAAAUAACCCUACAAAAACAAGUUGGCCUGAGCUAGUUGGUGUCACUGCAGAAGAAGCAGAGAGAAAAAUAAAGGAAGAUAUAUCUGGAGUUGAAAUUCAAGUGGUGCCCCCUGAUUCAUUUGUUACUGCUGAUUUCAGGUUCAAGAGAGUUCGAUUGUAUGUUGAUGAAUCUAAUAAGGUCAUUAGGACUCCAAUAAUUGGUUGAUUCAUCAACUAAAUAUUGUUCACAUAAGAUUUGGGUAUAAAGCUAGUGAUGUAAUUUGAAGAAUAAACUAGGGUAUUGUCCCCAGAUUUUCUUUAUGAUACAUAUAUAAAUAAUUAUUACAAAAAUGAUACAAAUAUGAUUAUAGCACAAGACGCGUCAAGAAUAGAAAACAAUCAAAGUUGUUGCCGAA